UGUGUAAAGCCUUGCUCUGCCUCUUGCAAAAGGAGGUGUCUGCCUUAUAACCUUAGCUGCUAACAGCACAACAAAACGAGGCGAGGCUUUUACUCUCUCUCCUAGCCCCAGUUGUCUCACAGUUUUCCUCUCAUUUUUCUCAGUUAACAACGUCAAGAUUCGCACUUUGAAAGCGCGCAAACGCCUUUACUCAAUCUCAAGUUCAUACUUUUUUUUCUUCUUCUUUUUCCUCCUUUUCAUCUCUUCUUUUUGCCCAUCAUCAUCACCACCACCAACACCACCACCACCACCACCACCACAUUCAACAUCAUCAACACAUCAACCUCUUUUUUUGCUAGUUACUUUUUUUCUUCUUUUCUCUCUCUUUCAGUCUCUCUUGAGUCUCUUUCUCUAUGUGAGUUAAUGUUUCAUCAUCAACAACAUCAUCGAUAUCAUCAUCCUCAUCACUAUCAUCUUGGCUUGUAUUUAUUGUGCCACUAAUUACAAGUUUUGCGCUUAUUUCGUUUGGUAAUAAUCUUGUGCUUUGUUGUUUGUUUGGAUUUUUUUGUUUCCAUUAUUACACUUCAACCUACUGAAAAUGGCCUAUCAACAGCCUUAUUUUUUCCGGCCAUCGGAUUUUAAUUAUCGUCAACCACCUUCAUCAUAUUUUUCAGCUUUAACAGCCCUUGAAUCACAUAUACCUGGACUUUUUACCAACUCAAUGAGAUCUGUUUUUCCAACUCCAGAAGCCAUUGCUGGACAUCAGUUAAAUGAUCAACCCUUUGAGGAUGAUGGGAUCGAAGAUGAUCCCAAGGUGUCCCUUGAAUCUAAAGAUUUAUGGGAAAAGUUUCAUGCACUUGGAACCGAAAUGGUCAUCACAAAAUCAGGACGACGCAUGUUUCCUCCGUUUAAAGUGCGAGUUUCAGGACUUGACAAGAAAGCUAAAUACAUAAUGUUAAUGGACAUUGUUGCCGCUGAUGAUUGUAGAUACAAGUUUCACAAUUCGCGCUGGAUGAUGGCAGGUAAAGCUGAUCCUGAAAUGCCUAAACGAAUGUAUAUACACCCUGAUUCACCUUCAACUGGUGAACAAUGGAUGCAGAAAACUGUUUCAUUUCAUAAAUUAAAAUUAACUAAUAAUAUAGCCGAUAAACAUGGAUUCCAGACAAUUUUGAACUCGAUGCACAAAUAUCAACCCCGUUUUCAUCUAGUCAGGACAAACAAUCUGCUGAAAUUGCCUCAUAGUACAUUCAGAACUUAUGUAUUCAAAGAGACUGAGUUCAUUGCCGUAACUGCCUAUCAAAAUGAAAAGAUUACUAAAUUAAAAAUCGAUAACAAUCCAUUUGCAAAAGGUUUCAGGGAAACUGGAGCCGGUAGAAGUAGUAAAAAACAAUUGGUCAUGAGCAGUCCUCGACGAUUAGUUUCUUAUGAAUCUGAUCCUGAGACGAGAACAAUUUGCUCUUCUGGUUACGAUAAGAUGAAGGAGAAUGGAGAUAAAAUGGAUGAUCAAUAUUCAGACGAUCAUAAUGAACGUUUGGAUAUUGACGAUGAAUCUCACGGACCUCCAAGUAUCCCAAGGAAAUCGGUUGGACUAUCAUCUGUCGAUAAACUUGAAGAUUCAAUUUCCAUAAAGAAAGAUAUGCACGAUGAUAAACAUGAUCACCCAAUCAUAAGUUCCAAUGGACUGAGUUUAUCGGAAUUAAAUAAUAACAUUAGUAACAAUAAUAGUAUACACAAUAACAUUGCAAGUAAUAAUUCAUUGAAUUCAAAUCUUCUCUAUCGACCUCAUCCUGGAUUACCUUUACUCUAUCAACACCAAGCUGCGGCAGCAGCAGCCGCUGCAGCCAAUGCAGGGCCUGGACAGCCUGCUGGAGGACCCACAGCAGCAGCAGCGGCGGCAGCAGCGGCCGCAACAGCCGAAGAGGUUGCCCGUCAUGCAGCCAAUUUGGGUUUACACAAACCAUGGUCACCAUUCCUAAGCCACCUUCAUCAUCAUGCAGCAGCAGCAGCAGCAACGACAAUGACUACUCCUUCAGGGACAUCACCUUCACCUGGGUCAACCAAUGGUUCAACCAACGGAUCCAAUGGAGCCUCACCAGGAGCCCAGCCUUCAUCUACUACCAACCCGAACUCAUCAAACCUACCCUUUGACUAUUCAUCGUCAAAUUUUUCACCCUCUGUACCAUUUCCACUGCUUGCUCCAUUGGGCUUUCCUCACCUUGAUUUUGCUUCAGCCAUGAGACUUCACAGUUCCUUUUUAAACAAUAAUGGUAACUUAUAUCCCUCUUUUUCUCCUCAUCUUAAGACAUUUUUCGUUUCUCCAUUUAACAAGGAACUCACUUAUCAUCAUCAUUUGGCUACUAAUGAGGCGUUAAAUAUGAUUGACGGAGCUGAAGAUGACUUUGGGCCCAAUAACGUCAGUAUGACAACAACGCCGGAUAAAAGUGUAACAGAGACAAAUCACAAAGAGGAAGAGAUGAACAACAUUACCACCACAAGUAACAGCAGUAUCAAUAGUAUCACUAGUUUAAGCAGUAGUAAAAGUAGCAAUCUUAGUAAACCCACAAUAUCGGAGAUGAGCGAAAAUAAGUUAUCUGUAGGAGAAUCAUUGACGACUACCUCGCCACCAAUAACAUCAACCGUUGUACCAUCAUCAUUAUCUUCAUCAUCAUCCUCAUCAGCAACCAUGGUUGACCAAUCAUUGUAAAGAUAUUAGCGCAAAAUAACGUCACCAUCAUCAAAAAAACAAAACCCGACUCUCUACAAAAAUAACUAUAAAUAUAUACAUAACAAAAGAACUCAAAGAUAACCUCAUCAUCUUCAUUCUUUCUCUCUCUCUCUCUCUCUUUCCCUCUCUUUACAUUUACUCAUUCAUCAUUCGCAUUAUCCUCAUCCCAAUAUCAAAUUCGCCAUCAUACUUUCCUACCAAAUGGUGGAAAAAGACGAAACAAAAAAAUCUAAAGCAAAAGAUAAAGUGCAAAGAAGUUUACGCAAAAUACAAAAAAUAAAAUGGAUAAAAAACGAUUACAGAGGAAGCAACAGGAUAAAAGCGGGAACUGGAAUGAUUGCAAUCUUCAACCUCAUUAUAAUCAUCACCCUCAUUCUCAUCACCAUUAUCAUCAAUUUUCGGAUGCUAAGACAAAAGACAAAAAACUUAUAUAAAUAAAUAUAUUUAAGAAAUGAAUUUAACAUCUUAAGAUGCUAGGAAAUCUCAAUUGUAUACUGUUAACUUGUAUUUUUUUCUUUGUUUUUGCUUGGUACCAUCAUUUUCACGCUUUCUUGGGAGGUAAAUACUUUGAAGAGCAUUUUUUUGUCGCUCUUUACUUAUUUUCCUUUUUUUCUGUCUUCUUUUUUCCCUCUCCUUUUCAAUCUUCCUUGGUGAUCAAAAUACCUUCUAGCUCCAAGACUUGUAGAAAUAAUUAUCCCAAGUCAAACAAUAAUUAUUUAAUAUUACCACAACUACUAAUAAUAAUAGCAACAACAAAGUGUAUGAGACCUAACAACAUCAUCUUGAAACAUUCGAAGGAGCAGCAAAAACUCAAAUUUUACCUCCCAAAACCUUAUUUUAUUCAAAAAUAACAUUUAAAGCUUAGUAGCUUCUGUUUCUGCUUCUAUCUCUUUUCUUCUUCUUCAGGCCUCUUUAACAUCAUUUGUUGUCACCCAUGAAGAUUCAUUGAAAUGUAACGAUGGAGAAACAAUAGGUACACAAACAAGAUAAACUCACACAUGCAAAAAACGUACACACUCCAUUAUACACUUGCCUCUGGAAUCAAUUUAACGCAAUUUAAUCCAUCAGCUUUUGUUUUCUCAGUAAAAAAAAUGUUGAAACUUUUCUUCCAA